AUUUGUACUGUGCGAAAGGUAAAAAAACCCUAGUUCGUGUUUUCUCUUGGGAACGGGAUGACGUAGUGUGGAACGCGGGAAGCACUGAAAUCAAACGAGAACGUAAAGGUGUUGAAAGCCGAACGACUUCCCUUAAUCUACGACUCUUGCACAUUCAUCAACGAGAUUAGAAGAUGGCAGAAGGAGGCCAAGAAAUGAAAGGGACAAACCCUAACUCCAAAGAUGGUGAUAUGGACGCUGAAAUACAGCGUUUAAAAGAUGAAGGUUUUUUCAGAAUGGGCAAAGCAUGCACAGGGUGUUUGCUCUAUUCCUCAUUCCUAAGAAGAUUCAAUUCUGGUAACCCUGUUUGCCUCGGCUUCUCCUGUACUGAAAUUGUUCCUGGCAGUUACUAUGGAAAACCAGAGAUGAACGUUACAAAAGACUUUCAUUUUAUAUACGCUUGUCUUGGUGAGUCCCUGUAUGUUGAUGAUAUGCAGCAUCAAAGGGAGGCGCCAAUCUGUAUUGCUGGAUACCAGGCUUACUAUGCUAAAGAAAAAGCCACUGAUUCCGAUUCCUUUACCAGGUUUAAAAGAAAUGCAAAUGUAGCUGCAUCAGAGGUAGCGCAAAAUGUGCGCAAAGUUGGGAGACAAAUCAAGGAAAAAAUUGAUGAUAUUUUGCGUCCACCACCAAAGUAAAAAAAAUGGACAAAUGAUGUAAAAAAUUACAUUGGUUUUGUUAAUAUGCAACAUCCUAGUGCUACUACUAUUUUUGAACAUCUACUGGUUACUCAUUAAAAAACCAAAAGUAAGAUUGAG